AUGAUGAAAAUGGUAAUAAAGUUUGUCGUGAUGGUGAUUGUGUUUGCACAAAUCUUAGCUCCAAUCGCUGAAGCUGCUCAAGGAAGAGCUGUCUACUACAAUCCUCCCUACACUAGGUCUGCGUGUUAUGGAACACAACGUGGGACGAUGGUGGUUGGAGUCAGGAACAAUCUGUGGCAAGGAGGUGGAGCUUGUGGUCGGAGGUACAGGGUUCGAUGCCUUGGUGCUACAUACGGCUCUGCGAGAGUGUGCACCGGACGUACCGUAGACGUGAGCGUAGUUGAUUUCUGCCGGGAGCCUUGCAACGGCGACCUUAAUCUCUCUCGUGACGCUUUUCAGGUCAUCGCCAAUACUAAUGCCGGUAACAUCCGCGUCGAUUAUACUCCGAUAUAA